CAACUGUGACUUCUGAUUUUGAAUUCUCUACAGGUUAUUGGGAGCAUGCACUCUGUCCAGGAUGCUUUGUUCCAAAUUACUUGUAGGCUUCGUGAUACAAUGUUUCCCAUGAAGCCACAUAUUUCAAAUAUUGCCCCUUCGCAUUUUCCCUCCUAUUCUGAAAUUCCAUCCCCAUCAUUCAGGCCAAGGCACGGUCCUGCUUCUCCUAGUUACCGCUCACCUGCUGGCUACCCUCAUGAUCGUGCUCCCCAUUUCCAUGGCUAUGAAAGACAAGGACAUGUUCCAUUUUUUGAUAGACCUCCUUCACCUGGAAGAUGGGGUCCUCAGGCAGUCAGUUCUAGAUAUACAGCUGGAGUGGCUGAUUUAAGUGGAGGCUUUGCCUUGAAGAAUGGGCACAAUGGCAGUGAGACGGCAACACCUAAUUUGCCAGGCAUUGUUAUUGAAGUUGUAAUUCCUCAGAUUUUGUUAAAACAUGUUUAUGGAGAGGAUUCUCGCAACCUUAGUGAUAUAACAAGGAUUUCAGGUGCUAAGAUAAUAGUUCAUGAUCCUGUAGCCAGUUCUACAGAAGGCACUGUUGUUGUGUCGGGGACACCAGAUCAAGCACGAGCUGCUCAGAGCCUUAUUCAUGCCUUCAUCUUAUCUGAACAGAAUAUGUAGAUUUUCCUUCUUUAUUCAUGUUCCUAGAGGUAACCUAUGUGGUGGUUUCUUUUUUGUUUUUGUUUUUUAUUUCUUAGGAGCAAUAUCAAGUUCUUAACUCACAUUUCCUUUUUCAAUUCAGUUGACACAUAUUUGUGAUAGUAAAAUAAGUGUAAAUAAUUGUCAGAACCUGUGGGAAAGACAUAAGGUAUGUGAGAAUUAUCACUCGAGGGGCUAAAGGGAAAAAGCCUUAAUGAAGUGGAAAGAAAGAGAAUAUAAAAAGAGACUCGUUGGGGGGGGGGGGGGGUUAGGCUGUCUUUUCCAUCACAUUUGGAUAUUGGAGUAUUUUGCAGGCAAAACCUGUGCAAGUCUGCAUAGAAAACGACAAGCACAUGAAUUUAUCAGUUCAUAUGAUUCUUGUAGUAUGUGGAGCAUUCUGAUGUGGGUCUAUAAGAAACACAAGACGUAGAUGUACCCUUCUAAAUCCUUGUGAUUUCCUUUGGCUAUACAUGUUGCUAAUAAUCAGUUGAGUGUUGAAUUGCUUGGACACUAUCAUGUGCAUGAAAAUCAUAGAAUUAUAUAUUGUUUAUUA